AUGACUAAGAAGGAUGCAGAGGCGUCUCCUUCUAUUGUGGCAGAAUACUUGCUUAUGUCCUAUCUGAUUCGGGAUCCACUCAGUUUUGUAUCGAGUACCUUUACUACUAAAUUGAAUGUUGUGCCUAAAGUUUUGAAUUAUCGGUUGUGUGUGUCUACACCUUCUGGAGGAAUGAUAGAGACAGAAUUAAUUUGUGAAGCAUGUGAUGUAGAGAUUAUGGAUAGAAAAUUGACUGCAGACUUAAUUCUGUUAGAAAUGAAGGAUUUUGAUGUUAUACUUGGAAUGGAUUGGCUAGCAGCAUAUCAUGCUAGUGUUCUUUGUUUUGAAAAGAGAGUGCUCGUAAGACCUGUGCAGCAACUAGAGUUUGAAUUUUUUGGGAUGAUGAUAGGAACUCCGCCAUCGGUGAUAAUUUCGGUGAUGCAAGCCCGAAAGUUGUUGAGGCAAGGAUGCCAAGGAUUUUUAGCUUCAGUUGUUGACACUGAAGUGAAGGGAUCAGUUUUAACUGAUGUACCUAUUGUGAAGGAUUUUUUGGACGUGUUUCCAGAGGAUUUGGUAGAAUUGCCACCUGAAAGAGAUAUGGAAUUUGCUAUUGAGUUGGUUCCUGGUACGGUGCCAAUAUCCAAAGCACCAUACCGGAUGGCUCCAGUAGAACUGAAAGAAUUGAAGAAUCAAUUGGAAGAGUUGUUGCACAAGGGUUUCAUACGGCCUAGUGUUUCAUCGUGGGGAGUUCUUGUAAUACCCUUGCCCAAAAUAUAA